AUGGGGGUGACAGGUGCCAAUGGAUUUCCCUGCUGUAGCAAGAAGUCGGUGGACAUUAUCGAUACACAGAGUAAUUUGCCCCAAUACCUGUUUGAGUCCCAACUGGCACAAGAGGAAGAUGAUAUGGAGCUUUCAGAUGUCCCCUUUCAGCUGGAAGCUGAACUGCUAGAACAUGAGACAUCAGCAUCCAAAGUGGACCCAGACAUGGACCUGGACCCAGAGCUGGAGGCAGACCUAGAGAUCAAACCAGAGUUCACAGUACUCCGUCCCAAGCCUGAGCCCUCACUAGACACAGAACUAGAGUUGAAUUCCUGCGACGAAGCCAUUGAACAGCAGAUGUAUGACCUGUGCAACCUAAGGUCAAACUAUAGCAGCCACCUGGGCCCCAUGGAGGAAAAGCAGGUAUCCGACAACUACCGUUCCAUCCAUGUGCAGACCUCCAAGCAUCUCUUCUGGGCAGAGAAGCACAUUCAGGUCUCAGAGCACAGCAUAGAAAGGGCAAUAGACCUGGAGCCCAGCAAAACCAUCACAGCCAUACUGACCUCUAGCUGCAUGGACCAGAAGUCUGUUGCCAAAGACAUUCUGUGCUCAAAGAAGCAGCUUCAGAGCUCCAGUACCCCGGGAGCUCUUUCAGCCAGAAGCUCCCAGACACUGCUGUCAAGCCUUUCCUCCUCUCAUCUCCCAUCAGCCAUUGGCUUGGCUGACUUAAUCAACUUUGCAUCUUCCCUGGUCAUGGCAUCCAGUAGCAAGGAUCUGCCAAACUUGGAGCACUUGGUCAAAACUUCCUCCCAGAAAGCCAUGGAGCUUUCUACAGAGCCCACCAAGAAACCUGCUGACCAGCCCACCAGGGAAGAACUGAAAUUGGAAAAGCCCCCUGAGGUGCCACCCAAGAAGCCAUCAGAGAAACCACUUGAAGCUGGAGAACCUCAGAAAGUUUGUAAGAAGGAAGGCAUGACCUUCCCUGGUGCUUGCCUGGGCUUCACCAAGCCUGGGGUCAAGAGGACCACCAUUGAAGGGGAAGUCAAAUUUCUCCAGCCACCAGCCUUGGCUCCACAGCCUCAGGGAAACAGAAAAGACUCGGUGCCGGGAACCAAGAAAGGGAAUCCAUUAUUGCUGAAAAUCCAUUUUAAGCUGUCAUCCCCCUCUUCCCCACAGAAAUGA